AUGCAGACUGCUUCUACAAACAUUUGUGAAAGACUGUGCAAUAAGUCUAUCCGUGAAAUUUCCUGGCUACUAAAUAUUCCACGGUCAACUGUUAGUGGUAUUAUAACAAAGUGGAAGCAACUGGGAACAACAGCAACUCAACCACAAAGUGGUAGGCUACAUAAAAUGAGAGAGCGGGGUCAGCUCAUCCUGAAACGCACAGUGAGCAGAAGUCACCAACUGUCUGCAGAGUCAAUAGCUAAAGACCUCCAAACUUCAUGUGGCCUUCAGAUUAGUCCAACAACAGUGCAUAGAGAGCUUCAUGGCAAGGGUUUCCAUGGCCGAGCAGAUUCAUCCAAGCCUUAGAUCACCAAGUGCAAUGCAAAGCGCGGGAUGCAGUGGUGUAAAGCACGCCACCACUGGAAUCUAG